UCUGCCUCUCUGGCCUGAUCUUGCUGGAUCUUUCCAACCCAACCCAACUCAACCCAACCCAACCGGCCUGCUGCAUCGAUCGCCUCCGCCAUCGACAACAACCACACACGAUCGAGCUCGCCAUCGACUUGGAGUGCCCAGGCAAACAUGGCUGCUCCAUACCGGCUGCUCCGGCCCACGGCGACCUGUCUUCAGCGAUUCCCCAGCCGACCGCCGCUGCUCUUGCACUGUUCGCUUCUGCCACUCGCCUCUCUGGGUCGAGCCACCCAAUCGUCAUAUCGACCCUAUCCCUUGGCCGCCUCCCUGUCUCAGCCCUUCUCGUCGUCUGCGGUUUGUGCACACGCAGCAUCUAAUGCCAAUGGCGAUGCCGACGAUGCAAUUCCUGCUCGAUGUCCUGGCUGCGGCGCCCGCUCGCAAACGGUCUCGCCCGACCGCCCGGGAUACUACCAGCCGAAACUUGCCAAGGAGGCCAAAAAGACGACGCCGCCGCCAUCGUCUGUCCACUCAUUCGACACAGGAUCGGGUCUCCCACGGAUGCCAGAAGGCGCAAUCACCAUGGCCGAGGCCCGGCAGAUCCUCCGGGCAAUGCGGAAGCAGGGCAGCAAGAAGGUCUGUCGGCGAUGCCAUCACCUCAAGACCCGCAGCACAGGCGGCGAUCCUGUCUAUCCUGACCCGGCCACGCUGCUGGCCCCCGUCAAGACGAGUCCGUCGGGCCUCGUUUUGAAUCUGAUCGACAUCAUGAACAUCCCCGGUUCAUUUGUGAGCAAUCUCCCGACCCUGGUGGGCCCCGACAAGAAGAUCAUUGUCGUGGCCAACAAACUCGACUUGCUCCAACCACACUACUUCAACGACCGGCAUCUUGUCCGGGAAUGGCUGAUCCGCGAGCUGCGCCAGCGCAACAUCAAGUUUGACGAUGUAGCCCUGAUCAGCUCAGCCCGGAGCCAAGGCAUCCAGGAACUGAUGGAGGUGGUUGAGGAGCACCGAUCGCCCAACGAAGACAUCUUUGUCGUGGGGCUGACGAGCGUCGGCAAGACCCAGUUUGUGAAUGCACUCCAGCAGAUAGCCCACCCAAACACAAUGGGGGCUGUGAGUGGAACCACAUCGCUGCAGCCCGGAACGACAGUCGAGACGGUUUCUGUUCCGUUGUCGCAGCUCGAAAAGUGCUUCGAGGGAGCGGGCAGCCGCCUUGGGCCUCAGACGGGCUUGGGCGGCCAUAUCCACGACACCCCCGGUCUGCUCAAGCAUGGCCAAGCGGCGCACAUCCUGAAUGAGCAGGAGAUGAAGAUGAUCUCGAUGCCAAAGCGAGUGAGCCCACAGCUAUGCCCCCUCAACAAAGGCAGGUCUGUGUUUCUGGGUGGCCUCGCCCGUAUCGAACUGGUGAGCCGAUCUGUACAUCAGCGCGAUCUCAAGGUGCUUGCCUAUGUCUCCAGCAAGCUGCGACCGCAUCCUUGCCAAACGGCGAACGUGCCGCGGCUGCUCGAAGGGCACCUGGGCAGGAAACUCUUGUCGCCGCCGAUCGGCGCCGAUCGAGCCAGCCGACUCGGCGAGAUGAAGCAGGUACUCGAUAUCGAGCACAAGUUUGUUUUCUCCAAGGGCGGUACAGUCGAGGAUGAAAGUGCCAAGGCCAAAGGCUAUCUCGAGCUCAGCUUUGCGGGGUUGGGAUAUGUAACGAUCGAGAGCGACGUACCCAACGAUGCAGUGCGGCUGAUCGUAUAUGCCGUCGACGGGCUGCAGGUGGACCAGCGUUCGCCGAUGCCCCGGCCAGGAAUGUAGAGCGAGUUGUGGAUGUUGUGGAUGUUGUGGAUGCUGGUUGUACAUCACAAGCCAGGGACCAGUGUCUAUUCAGCAUCGAGCACGAACACGUUCAUCUUCGCAACGAUGCCGUCCAAGACAAACUCGGCUGGAGGCGGCAAGUGCAGAGGCGUCGAUGGAUCAUGG